GAAUACAUAUUUGGCUUCCCAACGAAAAAUUGGAUCUUUGUUCGUUUUAUAUGAAGAAACUAGGGUUCCUAUUUUGAAUCUUUGAGAGCUUAUUUGGCUGUAAAUUAUGAUGAUGAGAAUAAUUUCAAUGAGGAAAAGGAUGAGAUCCAUCUCUAAACGCAAAAAAAGACAUAAGGUGAUUGGGUUAGUCUAAGUGUCUUAGCUGAAGCAUUCUUACGCAAAGGUGUGUUUCUUUUUUUUUUUGGUAAUUUAUGCCCAUUAUCUUGGUUCAUUCAGAGUAACAACAACCUGCAGGAUGGAUAGGAUCAGUUGCCUGCCUGAUGAAAUUCUUGUUUCUGUUCUGUCUCUUCUGGGAAUUAGAGAAGCAGCGCGCACUUGUGUGCUCUCAAAAAGAUGGGAACAUUUGUGGUCCUUUAACAGGGUUCUAAACUUUGAUGCUUCACAAACAGUUUUACAAAUUGAAUCCAACACAGAGGCACUGUUGGGGGUAGAAAGAUGUAGGUACAUAAAUUGGGUGAACAAAGUGGUGGAGUCACAUUGUGGUUCAACCAUAGACGAGUUUAGAGUUUGUUUUUGUUUGAAUAGCUCUUCUAGUUGUGUCAUUGAUAGAUGGAUUGAGUUUGCAAUAACAAAGAGUGUUCAAAGGCUUGAGAUGGAGUUGGAACCAUCUGUCUUUUCCGAAGAGCAUGCUGGUUUACCGUAUACUAUUACAAACCAGAGUUAUAAUAUUCUCUUCAAAAGCCCUGCUUGUUUAUCCAGCAUUAGGUCCCUAAGAUCCCUCUGUUUUUCGCGUGUGAACAUAAGUGGAGAAAUUCUUGAACGCUUACUUUCCGAUUGUCCUCUUCUCGAAUCUUUACGAGUACGAGACUCGGAACAUUUAGUGAAUUUAAAAGUUUUUGGUUCCUCACUUCGGCUGAAGUUCUUGGACAUAUCCGUAUGCCCCAAUCUGAAGGAUCUUGAGGUUUGUGCUACGAGUCUUGUGUCAUUUUCACAUUUUGGACUCGGCCAAAAAAUGAAUAUGCAAAUUAAGGAUGCAUUCCAGCUUGCCAAGGUGUCUAUUUCAGAUUUCGUUGAGCCAAUACGGAGUGUUUUUUUCUCGUUUUCAAGCUACUUUUCACAGCUCGAGACUCUUUCGUUGGGCAUGGAGAUGACUCGUGGGCAAAAGGGUAAUUCAGGAUUCCGAAAACUUCCUGAAUUUACUAAGCUCAAGUUCUUGACAUUGCAAGUUCUAGCAGAUCAAACUGCAAGCAUUCUCUGUUGGACUCCCUUGAUAUAUGCAUCACCUGUGCUGCAUAAAUUUAAAUUGCAGGUACAAUAUUUGACGCCUUUGGGGGUGGAAGGAAUAAGGCAGCGUAAAAUUCCCAACCGUCCCCAUCAAUGUCUAAAGGAGGUGGAAUUGGCUGGGUUUGUUGGCUGUUUUAUUGACCUCGAGUUUGCCCACUAUUUUAUUAAGAAUGCCGUUAUGUUGGAGAAGAUUACUAUCGAACGUCACUCUACACGUGUAUUGUUGAGUCCAAGACCGUGGAUGUUUAAUGAAACCAAGGAGAAACAAUCUGCCAAAGAGCAGGCUAUGCAACUCCAAAAAAGUCUACCUGCAAGAGUCAAAAUGGAAAUUAUAUAAUCCUGCUCAACUGCAUUUUGCUGCUCAAUAUUUAGUUUGUUAAUUUCAUUUUUCAUUUGCUAUUUAAGAGAGUUUGAUAGAUUAGGGAGUGGGUGUGAUCUUAUAAGUGAGCAUUUUUGCUACUCAAUAUUUAGUUUGUUAAUUUCAUUUUUCAUUUGCUAUUUAAGAGAGUUUGAUAGAGUAGAGAGUGGGUGUGGUCUUUUAAGUUAUUGAUAUUGGAAGUGUUAAUUUUAUAUUCUGAAUUCUUUUGGUA